AACAUAUAUUUUAAAAAAAAUUAUCAAAAAAAAUCCUCUUUUUAUUGGCCAAUUAUUUAUUUGGCUUUUCUCAUUUCCUCUUCCCUCCUUUUCAUUAAAUAGAUGGCAAAGAGGGUAACAUUUCAUUCAUCACCUGUUUCUUCAUUCAACAAAACAUUAUUCACUGUUGAGAAAAUGGCUUCAAAGUCUUUUGUUUUGUUGGGUCUCUUUGCACUUAUUUUCGUCGUGUCAGAAGUUGCCACAGCAUCUGCAUUGCAGUCAGGCACAGUGAACUUAGGGAGUGAGGAAACUGUGGAACCUGAUCAAUAUGGUGGUGGUCACGGCGGCCAUGGUGGCUACAACAUAGAGGGAGGUAGCGGAGGUCUCUGCGCCCAUGGCUGCUGCUCCAAAAGAAGUGGCACUGUAUGCUAUAGGUGUUGCUCUUACGCCGGAGAAACUGUUCAGACACAGCCCGGCCACUAAAAGUGGAUCAUGUAUUAACCACCACCAUAUGUACACUUAUCUGUGUUUAUAAGUAUAAUUAACGUGGUGGUGUGCGUCUGUAAUUGAUGGAUGUGCCUUAAAUGUGGCGAAGAACAGGAUGAAUUGGGAAGGAAAACAAUAAGAACAAGGUUCAAAUAUGUAAUGAAUUGGGAAGGCAAACUAUAAGAAUAUGGUUCGAUUAUGUAUGUAUUUGGAUUUGAGUUGUAAUGGUGGUGUUUUUUAUAAUAAAUUUGUUUGUAGUUUAUGUUAUUCUUUCUCUGUUGUGUAACAGUUCUCUUUCGAAUAAGUCUGCGUGCUCUUAAUUAAGGCUGGGAAAACACAAAUGUUAGUGGCUGAAUUGUUGGAGGUUCAAUAGUCACACACCCAUCUCCGAUAGUCCCGAAAAAUAUGAAAGCCCAAUUAGCUCUCUCUAUCGGCCUACUGAGAAGAUGCCAUCUUUCAUGCAGCUCGGUGAGAAUGUCCUGGCUGGCAACUCGGGAUUAGAUAACUAGUGAUGUCAAUAAAGUAAGCCUGGAAUGCGGCACCAGUAGGAAGGCUACGGAAAUGAUGCCCUAAAGCUAACUGCCAUAUCACUUACGGCUAGAAUGCAUGACCCAUAUAAAUAAGAGAGGCCUGCCGAGGGAAAAUCUCUCUAGCCAGUUUCGCAAUAAAAACUAAGCAAAUCGACCAUCCAUUCUUUGAACGGUCGAUGACAUGCUCACUCUCAUAUUUUAACUCACCUGGUCCAUCUGUAAUUUUACUCACUCAUCUAAUCGUCAACUCUCGCCCUUUCUCUAUCUUUUACUUGUUUGUUGGUGGAAUCAAGUUUCCCCCUUCCACAAUUGCCCCACUCAGUGGCAGAUCCAAUAAUUUUUUAAACAUGUGGCAGUUCAUUGCUAAAAAAAUGAUGAUGGACAAUCACUACAAGAAAAAUGAGUAUUCAUAGCAUUUAUAGAUAGCGUUUUUUAUUAAGUGCUAUGUUUGACGCCUCCGUAUUUUUUACAUAGCGUUUAAUCAUUGACAAACGCUAUAAUAUCUGGGGCAAGAAAAAAUAAAUUGACUAGCGCAUACAUCUUAGAAAACGUUAUAUUAGAUGGUAACCGCGAAAAUACUUUGGUAAUACUGUCUAUUAAAAAAAAGAGCUAACCAAAUAUCAGUGCAAAAACAUAGAAGACGUCCUGACCCGAGGUUGGGCGCAGCAAAAGCAAGAUCCCAAGGCGAUCAGAUUAGACCGAACCGAGCGAGACAAGAAACCCUCUCAAAGAUCAGCAAGAGACUCCGGGAAUCAAAAUCGGUGCAGAUACCAGAACCGGCCGAUCGAGAAGGCAGAAGGGAUGGGAGUGUCCACGUGGCCAGACAUCUCUCACCUCUCCGUCUCAAGGCCGGAGCUGAUCAAUGAUCUGAGGAAGAUUGGCCAACAUGUCAAGUGGACUCUGAAGAUGAAAGCACCCGAUUCUUUCCAGAACCCUGGUCUCUGGUGCGACUUCCACCGAGACCAUAGUCACAAAAUGGAGGACUGCGUCGCACUGAAGAUCGAGGUCAACGAAUUGCUUAAGAAAAGACACCUCAUGGAGUUCCUUUCCGAGAAGGCCAAGAGCCAUCUAAGCAAGGAGACAACAGGAAAGCCCACUGACGCUGUUCCCCUCUCGCCACCUAGACAGGACCGAGUGAUACACGUCAUAUCUGGCGGUUCAGACAUCAGCGGAAUAAGCCACACAGCCGCGAAGAAGAGCACUUGGAACGCAAAGCAUGGCCUAGAGGCAGCCAAGCCGAAACACCUGCUCCUGGGUACGGAAGAAAUAAGUUUCACGGCAAAGGAGCAGGAAAAGGUUCUCACCCCACAUCACAACGCCCUGGUCAUAACACUCAUUGUAGCGAACUGCCUGAUGAAAAGGAUACUGGUAGAUAAAGGAAGCUCUGGCAACAUCAUCUACAAGGAUCUGGGGCUGGAGGAAAUUGCUCUAAAUUGGAGGAUAACCCCGCUCAUAGGGUUCAGCGGAGAAGUCAAGCAGACCUCCGGAGAGGUGACCCUCCCGGUAUACGCUGAAGGGAUCAACAUGUCGACCAAGUUCCUUGUUGUUGACUGCAAUUCAUCCUACAAUAUGAUCCAGGGACGACCUGGAUUCACGGCAUGGGAGCCGUCCCUUCGAAUCUUCAGCAGAUGGGGAAAUUCCCAACGCCCUAGGGCAUAAGGGCAAUCAGAGGGGAUCAAGAGUAUUCCCGUUCCUGUUUCCAGACUACCUUGAAGGGAAAGACCAAGGUCUUAUAGCAAUUACAAAGCAAACUUUCGGCUCAUCACACCGAGGAACCGGAGGUAGAAGAAAUGGACGACGUACCAUUAAUCGAAGGAGACAAGACCCAACAUCUCAAGAUCGGCUCCAAGCUGACCGAAUGACUAAGGAGGAGGUUAAUAGACUUCCUCAGGUCUAACUCCGACCGCUUCGCUUAGUCCCACACAAAUAUGCCUGGGAUCGGCCCGAAGAUCAUCAUGCACAAGCUGCAGGUGGAUCCCCUACAUCAACCCGUCAGACAAAAGAGGAGGAAGUUUGCUCUCGAAAGGGACGCAAUCAUCAACGAUGAAAUCAAAAUCCGGCUCGGCGCGGGGUUCAUUCGCGAGGUGCAAUAUCCGGAAUGGCUAGCCAUCAUCGUUGUAGUCAACAAAAAGAACAGAAAGUGGAGAGUCUGCAUAGACUUCACAGACCUCAACAAGUCCUGCCCAAAGGACCCUUGCCCUCUGUCUCACAUCGACAAGCUGGUCGACUCCACCGCGGGGCAUCAACUGAUGAGCUUCAUGGACGCGUUCUCUGGUUACAAUCAAAUACUCAUACACCCAAAAGACCAGGAGAAGACAUCCUUCAUGACGUCUAGAGAGAUCUAUUGUUACAAGAUUAUGCCCUUUGGCCUAAAGAACGCAUGAUCAACCUAUUAACGACAGGUGAACAUUAUGUUUGCGGACCAGAUAGGGCGAACCAUGGAGGUCUACAUCGACGACAUGCUGGUCAAGUCCCUAGAGGCUGAGGACCACAUAUCUCACCUGCAGCACGCCUUCUCCACUCUCCGGAAGUACAACAUGAAGCUCAACCCAUCUAAAUGUUCAUUUGGGGUCAGUUCCGGUAAGUUUCUCGGGUACAUUGUAACCCCCGGGGCAUCGAAGCCAACCCGGAGAAAAUCAGGGCCAUCCAUUCGAUCCCUUCCCCGAAGAACGUCAAGGAGGUCCAAAAGCUACCAGGAAGAAUGGCAGCCCUGAGCAGGUUCAUCUCCAGGCUCUCCGACAAGUCUCAAGCCUUCUUUGGAACCCUCAAAAACCCAUAGGACUUUCACUGGACGGAAGAGUGCGAAUCCGCUCUCCAAGAGCUAAAGGCGUAUCUAACCACUCCUCUUAUCCUAUCCAAGCCACUGCUCGGUGAGGUCCUACUGCUAUAUCUAGCAGUCUCAGAGUACGCCGUGAUCGCCGUCUUAGUACGCGAGGAAAAAAGCAAGCAGCUACCAAUCUAGUACGUCAAUAAGGCUCUACUGGAUGCAGAAACCCGCUACAGCCACUAGAGAAGCUGGUCUUAGCCCUGAUAGUGGCCUCCCGUAAGUUGCGGCCUUAAUUUCAGGUUCACCCAAUCAUGGUCGUCACCUCCUUCCCCAUAAAGCUGGUCCUCCACAAGCCUGAAGUCUGCGGACGCCUAGUGAAAUGGGCUGUGGAACUAGGAGAAUAUGAUGUGAUCUUUCGACCGGCCACAGAUAUAAAGUCACAGGUCCUGGCCGAAUUCUCCCAUACCUUGCUCCCAGCUUUUGGAGAAAUAAGUGCACCUCCGAAGCGAAACAAAGGAGGAAGGAGAAUGGGUCCUGCAUGUCGACGGAUCCAUCAACAUCAGAGGAUCCGGGGAAGGAAUAGUGCUUACUUCGCCGACAGGGAACAUGGCCUCAAGGGCCAUGACGUGCAACUUCAAAGCAACCAACAACGAAAGUGAAUGCGAGGCCUUAAUCGAUCGAUGCACAUCCAUUGUCGUCGAUCGAUACAGAAGAGACGCCUCGAUGAUUGAAGAUUAUGAUCGAUCGAUGUACAUCCUGUAACAUCGAUCAAUGCCGAGACGCGGACGCACGACCUAGUUGCAGUCGACUUUAAACCCAAGACUUCACCAAAUUACAAGAAUACCCGUGACGAGUUUUUAACCUAAUAGAUUAUAUACUUGCUUAAGUGUUUAGAGGCAAGAGAGCUUUCAGCCACCUUUUGUGUUUUCUUAUUUUCAGUAAAGAGUUUUAGGAGAGAAGAUCAUAGAGAGAUUUGUGAUUGGAACUCCAUUUGAUUCAUCUAUUAUAUUCUAUGCAGUUUUCAUUUACAUUUUGUGUCAUGAAAUGCUUAGCUAUGUCUAAGUAGUUCACUUGUUAGAUUCAGGGUUCAAAUAGGUUAGAGGGAUGAGCCCCAACUAUAGAUUGCUAAGUUGUGGUAUUUAUUGAUAGAUUGUUCUUAACGCUUGUUCUAGAUUAGCUACCUAGAAUAUUGAAUCUAGGAAUCUGCGUGAGUCAAGCAACCUUGACCAUCCAGUCCUGAAUCUAAUCUGUCAGACUAGACGAUAGGAAAAAGGCUACCGCUGAACCAGGAAGCUAGUGUUCAUUAUCAACUUUCACCUAUGGCUUAACUAGAAAUAUCGAUCGAUACUGUCUUCUGACAAUCGAUCGAUCUUGAGAAAGGUGUAUCGAUCGAUGUCCCUAUAGGACCAUCGAUCGACACUUUCUUGUGGUCAAUAAAUGACAGUUGAGAUCCAAGAUCUAGUUAGUUAACCAGUGAAACAUUGCCAUUGCUGAUCACUGUGUUAAGGAGUUGAGUUCUAACAUAUCAUGCAAGCAACUGAUAGGCAUCUAUAGGAUUAUUAUUUCCAACACCUGAAUAGAAACCAUGCAUCUAAUAUCUUUCCCAUAAGUUACACCCCCAAUCAUCUUGUUAGUCGAGCAAUAGACUUGCUCAUUUAGGAUUGCUGAGGACCACAUAUCUCACCUGCAGCACGCCUUCUCCACUCUCCGGAAGUACAACAUGAAGCUCAACCCAUCUAAAUGUUCAUUCGGGGUCAGUUCCGGUAAGUUCCUCGGGUACAUUGUAACCCUCGGGGCAUCGAAGCCAACCCGGAGAAAAUCAGGGCCAUCCAUUCGAUCCCUUCCCCGAAGAACGUCAAGGAGGUCCAAAAGCUACCAGGAAGAAUGGCAGCCCUGAGCAGGUUCAUCUCCAGGCUCUCCGACAAGUCUCACGCCUUCUUUGGAACCCUCAAAAACCCAUAGGACUUUCACUGGACGGAUGAGUGCGAAUCCGCUCUCCAAGAGCUAAAGGCGUAUCUAACCACUCCUCUUAUCCUACCCAAGCCACUGCUCGGUGAGGUCCUACUGCUAUAUCUAGCAGUCUCAGAGCACGCCGUGAUCGCCGUCUUAGUACGCGAGGAAAAAAGCAAGCAACUACCAAUCUAGUACGUCAAUAAGGCUCUCCUGGAUGCAGAAACCCGCUACAGCCAUCUAGAGAAGCUGGUCUUAGCCCUGAUAGUGGCCUCCCGUAAUUUGCGGCCUUAAUUUCAGGCUCACCCAAUCAUGGUCGUCACCUCCUUCCCCAUAAAGCUGGUCCUCCACAAGCCUGAAGUCUGCGGACGCCUAGUGAAAUGGGCUGUGGAACUAGGAGAAUAUGAUGUGAUCUUUCGACCGGCCGCAGAUAUAAAGUCACAGGUCCUGGCCGAAUUCUCCCAUACCUUGCUCCCAGCUUUUGGAGCAAUAAGUGCGCCUCCGAAGCGCAACAAAGGAGGAAUCCUGCAUGUCGACGGAUCCAUCAACAUCAGAGGAUCCGGGGAAGGAAUAGUGCUUACUUCGCCGACAGGGAACAUGGCCUCAAGGGCCAUGACGUGCAACUUCAAAGCAACCAACAACGAAAGUGAAUGCGAGGCCUUAAUCGAUCGAUGCACAUCCAUUGUCGUCGAUCGAUACAGAAGAGACGCCUAGAUGAUUGAAGAUUAUGAUCGAUCGAUGUACAUCCUGUAACAUCGAUCAAUGCCGAGACGCGGACGCACGUCCUAGUUGCAGUCGACUUUAAACCCAAGACUUCACCAAAUUACAAGAAUACCCGUGACGAGUUUUUAACCUAAUAGAUUAUAUACUUGCUUAAGUGUUUAGAGGCAAGAGAGCUUUCAGCCACCUUUUGUGUUUUCUUAUUUUCAGUAAAGAGUUUUAGGAGAGAAGAUCAUAGAGAGAUUUGUGAUUGGAACUCCAUUUGAUUCAUCUAUUAUAUUCUAUGCAGUUUUCAUUUA